AUGGGUGACACCAUAGCUAGCGAGGGCGUCAUGGGUGAUGCCACAGCUAGCGAGGGGGCCAUGGACCACUCCCACUGUAGGAUUGGUGAUGACCUAGAUGGCUUUGACAAUGGCUUCAUGGGCGAUCUUGGCACUGGCUCAGAGGCCACACCAAGCAUAGCCCAGGCGGCGCCAGGCAAGGCCAUGGGAAUUGACAACAACAAGGCGUUCGGUGCACUAGGUUAUGCAGGAGGCAACACAGAGAAUAAGGAAAGAGAAAGUGGCGCCAAUGUUGGAGAUCUGGGCGAUGCUAAAGGUAGGCUAGGCAUGGGCGACCCCCUGGGCUUUAAGGUGGUGUCGCUAUUGGGCUUUUGGGAGGGGCCCUUGCUGGGCUUGAAGGCAGCAUCCAAAAGGGCAUUGGCUAUAGUGGUGGCAUUUUUGGGCGCUUGGGUACCAGAAAGUAAAGAGCAAAUGUUAUUCACAUGGGUAAGAUGUAUGGCCCUAAGCCUCCGCUCCAUGGACUAA